CACGCGAAAAGCUCGUGCACAUUUCAGAUUGUGCAGAGUAAGAGACUGCUAUAUGAAGAGUAUUGGCCGAAGCGUUUAUCUAGUUGAAUAUGAGAUGACGAGAUCAUUUAUAUUGCUGGUAUACCUUCGCCCGCCUACCCACUCCACCUUGAACUAGCUCAAUCACUCACUCUAUACUACAAUUUCACUAUGGAAACAAUAAAGAUGAGCGGCCAUACUUUGGUGAAUGUCCACAAUAUUGCUCGCACAACAUCUACUCCAGUUUCAGUAUCUUCGGUCCCGACCGAUGGGGGAGGUUCCACCAAGAACUCCAUACCGAUAGCUGCUUUUGCCCUCUUGUUCACCAUCCCGGCUCUUAUAAUACUAGCAAUUAUCAUUGCAUUCUGGUACGGUGCACGCUCGAGUUCGAGAAGCCGUAUUGCUAUAAGUAAAACGAAAGAAGAGCAAAAGAAAUUCGUCUUCAAAUCCCUCCCUGUCUCAACGACGUGGGGUGACGUACUGAAGAUGAGGGAGGCUGCUUCAUCCUCCCACCAACAAAAUUGUACACCUAUUGUACAAGGAGACGACGUUUGUGCAGUGUGUCUGGAAGAACUCGAAGAUGCCGACAUUGUCCAGCGGCUUCCUCACUGUCACCAUGUCUUUCACAGAGAGUGUUGUGAAAGGUGGAUAGACAGUGAGCUUCAGCACAGAGCAGUCACCCUGACCUUUUACGGUACUAGCAAUCUUGAUUCAGAUCCGGAACUUCUUACAAAGUAUCAACUCAAAUGUCCUCUUUGCCGCACUAGGUUAAGCGAGGAGUCGUCAGCGGAACUUUCUAAAAUGGAGCCUGCUCACAUAUCAGACGCAGCAAAUAUGGUCUAGUAGAUUACUUGAUCCUAUGUAUUCGUUCAUGAUAUCGAUAAAAAGCGGGAUGACCCUCAGCUUUUGAGUCGUACUUGAUAUACAGAAAUUAUCUAAGCCCGCACUUGAAAUUCGUUUGGAUCAUAUUAAG